ACUUUUUCUCCGAGGGGGCUCCAAGGAGAAGGCCAUGAAUUACGAAUUUGAGCGAGAGAUUGGUUUUAUCAAUAGCCAGCCGUCGCUCGCUGAGUGCCUGACAUCUUUUCCCCCUGUCGCUGAUACAUUUCAAAGUUCAUCAAUCAAGACCUCGGCGCUUUCACACUCGACACUGAUUCCUCCUCCUUUUGAGCAGACCAUUCCCAGCCUGAACCCGGGCAGUCACCCUCGCCACAGCGCUGGCGGCCGCCCCAAGUCGAGCCCCGCGGGCAGUCGCGGCAGCCCGGUGCCCGCUGGCGCCCUGCAGCCGCCCGAGUACCCCUGGAUGAAGGAGAAGAAGGCGGCCAAGAAAACCGCGCUGCCGCCCGCCGCCGCCUCCGCGGGCCCUGCCUGCCUCGGCCACAAAGACUCCCUGGAAAUAGCUGAUGGCGGCAGCGGAGGAUCCAGGCGCCUGAGAACUGCUUACACCAACACUCAGCUUUUGGAGCUGGAAAAGGAAUUUCAUUUCAACAAGUACCUUUGCAGACCCCGGAGGGUGGAAAUCGCCGCCUUGCUGGAUUUGACUGAGAGACAAGUGAAAGUGUGGUUUCAGAACCGGAGGAUGAAGCACAAGCGCCAAACCCAGUGCAAGGAGAACCAAAACAGCGAAGGAAAAUUUAAAAACCUGGAGGACUCGGAGAAAGCGGAGGAGGACGAGGAGGAGAAGUCACUCUUUGAGCAAGCCCUCAGCGUCUCCGGGGCCCUUCUGGAGAGGGAAGCUUACACUUUUCAGCAAAACGCGCUCUCUCAACAGCAGGCUCCCAAUGGACACAAUGGCGACUCCCAAACUUUCCCAGUUUCGCCUCUAACCAGCAAUGAGAAAAAUUUGAAACAUUUUCAGCACCAGUCACCCACUGUUUCUAACUGCUUGUCAACAAUGGGCCAGAACUGUGGAGCUGGCCUAAACAAUGACAGUCCCGAGGCCCUCGAGGUCCCCUCUUUGCAGGACUUUAAUGUUUUCUCCGCGGAGUCCUGCCUGCAGCUUUCAGAGGCUCUGUCGCCUAGCUUGCCAGGCUCCCUGGACAGUCCCGUAGACAUCUCAGCUGACAGCUUUGACUUUUUCACAGACACCCUCACCACAAUCGACCUCCAGCAUCUGAAUUACUGAGAACAUUAAAGCAAAACAAAGCUUCACAAAACAAAACAAAACAAAAAAAACGCCUCUGACCAGGUGGUUUUUGCCUUCUUUUAUUUCGGGAGUUGAUUUUUGUUUUAGUUUCUUCUCGAUCUACCCCUACUCUCUUUAACGCUGAGGAUUUUAUGUUUAAUGUUCUCCCCUGACCCAGUUUUAAAGCCAUCUUUUACAAAUUAUGUUGGCGUUUUUAGAGGUUUUACACCAAACCCAACAAGCUUCUACGUGAUUUUCCU